GAAGCGGCACUUGCGCACACUUCAAGCACGACAGCUUCUGAAGUGGCGGCACUUUCAGAGACAGGGUAAAGAAGAGAUUGGGAGUUUCAACAGUUUCUGCACUACAAUGAACUGCUGGUUGCCAAGAUCAUUAAUUGUGUUUUUCGCAUUGCCUUUUUUAAUAUGGACUAUGCAAGAAGACGAAGUUUCCCGGGCUGGUUGCCGAACAGCAGUGAAUGAUCUUGUCUUCAUUGUUGAUGGAUCAUGGAGUGUGGGAUUCCUAAAUUUUGACACUGCAAAGAAAUGGCUGAUUAAUGUCACAAACGGAUUUGAUGUAGGCACCCAGUUCACAGACAUGGCAGUUGUACAAUAUAGUGAUACUCCAAGACUAGAGAUCCAUCUUGGCCAGUAUAAGACAAGGCAGGAGCUUAUUGAUGCAAUUGGGGGAAUAAAGUAUUUAGGAGGGAAUACCCAAACGGGAAGAGCAAUUAAAUUUGCCACGGAUCAUGUGUUUCCUUCCUCCACAAGAACCAGUCCAGCAAGGAAUAAAAUUGCAAUAGUUGUAACAGAUGGAAAAUCUCAAGAUGAUGUUGUGGAUGCUGCAGUUGAAGCCAGGUCACAGAACAUAAUAAUGUUUGCUGUAGGGGUUGGUUCAGAAAUUACGAAGUCUGAAUUGGUUUCUAUUGCCAAUAAACCAUCUUCAGCAUAUGUGUUGUUUACAGAAGACUAUACAACAAUUGAAAAGAUCAAGGAGAAAAUGCAGCAAAAGCUUUGUGAGGAGUCUGUGUGUCCUACAAGGAUACCUGUUGCAUCACGAGAUGAAAAAGGUUUUGAAUUGAUGGUGGGCUUAAAAAUCACCCAGAAAGCAAAGAAAACACAAGGCUCUCUGACCUCUGAGAUGGCCUUCCUUCUUUCACCUGAAAUGGACUUUACUGAGAAUACCAGGGAUAUAUUUCCAGAGGGCCUCCCACCAUCAUAUGUGUUUGUAGCCACUCUGCGAAUUAAGUCACCAGUGAAUAAGGAAACAUUUCACUUAUGGAGAAUUAUAUCUAAGGAUGGUGUUCCUCAAGCAGCUGUCACACUCAAUGGAGUAGAAAAAUCUAUUAUCUUUACAACAACCAGUAUUACAAGUGAAAUUCAAUCAGUAAUUUUUAAAGAAGAGCGUCUGAAGAAACUCUUUGAUGAAGAAUGGCAUCAGCUUAAACUACUUGUGAGGGAUAUAGACAUCACUUGUUUUCUGGAUGAUGUCCAUAUUAAGCAGAAACCACUGGAACAGCCCAUCCCAAUUUAUAUUAAUGGCAAGACGCAGGCAUUUAAGCAUCUAAAAAAAGAAACAACUAUUCCUAUAGAAAUACAAAAGUUAAGACUCUACUGUGAUCCUCAGCAAAGUGAAAGAGAGACAGCAUGUGAGAUCUAUACUGUGGAUGAUAAAAGGUGCCCACUGGAGAGAUCCCUCUCUGUUUCCCAGUGUAAUUGUCCAGCAGGACAACCAGGAACACCAGGUCUUUUGGGUCCAAAGGGACUGAAAGGUGAACAAGGGAUACUGGGUCAUCCUGGAGCUGAUGGUAAGCCUGGUGCCAUUGGAAAACAAGGACUGCCAGGACCACCUGGAUUUCUUGGAAAAAAGGGUGAUAGAGGAGUUCCCGGCUUACCUGGUCAAGUUGGCCCACCAGGACCAAAGGGACCUGAAGGACUACCUGGACUUUCAGGAAAACAUGGAAUUCCAGGAAAAAAGGGUAGUAAAGGUGAAAAGGGUAAUUCUGGAUUACCAGGUCCAAAAGGCCCAAUGGGAGAACCUGGAUUACCUGGAAGAAAUGGGCUUCCUGGAACUUCAGGAUUAAAGGCACAAAAAGGUGAACCAGGAGAGCCAGGAGCAAAUGGAUGGCAAGGUAGUCCGGGAUUUCCCGGCCUUCCUGGGCCUCCAGGUGUCAGUGGACCCAAGGGAGAACGGGGUAUUAUGGGCCCUAAAGGGGCAAUGGGACCACCAGGACCACAGGGAAUUCAAGGUCCUAUAGGCCCACCUGGUCCAGAAGGAGUUGAAGGCCCAAAGGGUGUGCAAGGAGAACGAGGGUUUACCGGAGCACCAGGACUCCCAGGUCAAAAGGGUGAUAAAGGCGAACACGGAUCUCAUGGUUUACCUGGUUCAAUAGGAGGCUCUGGACCAAAAGGACACAAGGGAGAUACAGGAGAUCCUGGAGUUAAAGGAGACAGUGGUGAUCCAGGCAUGCCUGGAAAUAUGGGUGUUCCAGGAGUACAGGGUGAAACUGGACCAAAAGGGAAAAAAGGAGAGAAAGGUAAUGCUGGUGAUUCUGGCAACAGGGGUUAUGAAGGGAAGAAGGGAGAUGUUGGUUCAGCUGGAGCAAUUGGACCACGUGGACCUCCAGGACAAGAAGGCAUUCCUGGACAGCCAGGAGUACCGGGGCUCCCAGGAAAGCCUGGCAAGUCUUUAACAGAUGACCAUGUAAUUAAGUUGUGCACAGACGUCCUAAGGAACCAGCUGCCUCAGCUUCUUCAGUCUAUGAAUCCUGCCUGUCAGACAUGUGAAACAAAACAGGGCUUACCUGGACUGCCAGGACCCCCUGGUCUCAAGGGCCCAGCAGGACAACCAGGUUACCCAGGAAGGAUAGGAAGACAGGGAUAUCCUGGUCUUCCUGGAAUGCAAGGUGCUCAAGGAGUAAAAGGUGAUAAUGGACUAAAAGGAGACAAAGGUGCAAAGGGUGAAGGAUUUUCUGGCCCACCUGGCCCUCCUGGCCCAACAGGCCCUGAAGGACCACCUGGUUUAAAUGGUGAAGGAUCCCAAGGUCCUCCUGGAAGUCCAGGUAAAGAUGGUGUGCCUGGCAUCCCGGGAAAACGAGGACCACCUGGGCAACCUGGCAUAUGUGAUAUGACCCCCUGCUAUAGUGCCUAUAACUUUCAAGAAAAUUCUUUCAAUAAGGGGCCAAACAUCUGAACACAACUCACACAGAUGAGCUGCUUCAUUGGACUCCUUUUGAAUUCUAUGGGUUUGAGUGGGUCAGGGACAUUUUGGGUCUCAGGAAGUGAUGACCCAUAACAUGCCACAGGUAUCGCAUCAUUCUGCACUCCAAAGACCUACAAACAUUUGAGAUAUCUUGAUGUUUUUUAACUAUUAUCUUUUAUUUAAAUGUUACUGUAAAUAAUAACAUUUGUAGAACUGAAGAAAUACAAAAUGUCCAAGAUUCCUUUAUAAAAUCCUAGUCUAGCCAAGAAUGGUCAAGUACUGGCUGCUUCAGGGAGAGGAAAAAGAUAUAAAAUGAAUGUGUUGCCAUAAAUUGGUACAGUAGAUUUAUGAUAUCGGACACUUCAGCGUUCAUGUAUGUGUUAUUGGUUGUUUUCAUGCCCAUAUUAAAAGAGAUUUUAUUUAUUUAUUGCCAUGUAAAUUCCAAAGUGCCUUUUUGUAUAAAAAAUAUGCAGGCUGGCACAAUUCAGAUUCUCUUUUAGUUGGUUUCUCCCAGGGUAUACAAGACAUUUUUGAUAGCCACUGAAACUGCAGGCCUGUGCACCAAACAUCAAGUUUUAAUUUUAUUUCCAGUAGAAAAGAAACUUGGAGUUAACCAUUUAUACUGUUCGGCUGUCUACAAAAAUCACAUUGUCAAUGCGUAGUAGAUUACAGAAUUUAUUUAUUUGUCAAACAACUGUUGCAACUGAUAGAGUUAUAUCAAGAGAUGGACCUGCUUUAGAUGAAAAUGUCUAAGAAGAGCAGAAAUGUAGUUAAAGAAAUAAACAGGUAAAGCCUCAUCAGCCAAAGCUUUGUUUGUAGAUUUUACAUUUUGGAAUGUUUGCAAAGCAACAGUUGUGCAACAUUAAAUCCCAAACUUCCUUAUAAAUACCAAUGCAGUAUUGUCUGUAGUUCAGUGGCAGAAUAAAAUCAGGCAGAUACAGUACAUCACAUCAUGUUGUCAUCCAUCCAUCAUCCAACCUGCUAUAUCCUAACUACAGGGUCAUGGGGGUCUGCUUGAGCCAAUCCCAGCC